AUGCAAUUAUUAGCUUUGAGAUCUGUCGAAACCAAUGAAUUGGUUGAAAAUAUUGAGCCACAAUCCACAAAUACAACCGUUAGAGAAAAUAUGGAUUCACGGUCUCAUAUAUCUAAAAAUACCACAAAACAAAAUGAACAAAGUUCAGAUGUUUCAUCUCCUUCAAUUAAAAAUCAUUCACCUGAAAGUUUUUAUAACCAACAAUUAUUAAUGUCUAAUGAUCUACAAUCUUCUUCGGACAGAAGCCAUUCGCCUGAAAGUAUUCAUGACCAAUUUGACGUCGCACCAUCUCUUUUAAACAGAAGCUAUUCAACUAAAAGUACUAAUGAACAACGAUUAUCAAAUUCGACCAACGUCGCAUCAUCUUCUUUAAUUAGAAGAAAUUCAUUCGAAGAAGCCUACGAUCAGCAACCUUUAGUAUCAACAGCGAUUACCUCAUCUUCUCUAAUUAGACCAUUUAAAAAUGAUCUUGAUGUUUGUCUAUAUUUGGUGCAGCAUCCACAACUUAUUGAUUUGGCUUUAGACAUGAUAAAAGCAGGUGGUCAAGGAUCCAUAGUUACUCGAGGAAAGGCCAAUAAAUUCAAUGUGCUUCCAGAUAAG